AUGCAGGGAGUCGAUCUCUCAGCAAGCGACUACGACAAACGGACUCCACUACAUGUAGCAGCAUGCGAAGGAGACCUUACUAUGCUAAAGUUUCUCGUGAAUGUUGCCAAAGUAGAUAUAACUACCCUAGAUCGAUGGGGACGUUCUGCUUUGGACGAUGCACGUUUCUUCGCGCAUAAAGACUGUGUUCAAUUUCUUGAAAAGGCAUUAUCUAAGCCGGAAGGGCAGCGUUCACAUUCCGUGUCUUCAGCGGAUACGGAGGAAGACGCGUCUACAAAUGAUGGAGAAGAUAGCAUAUCACAACCUACUUUCACAGUUAAUCCGCUGGAAAACAAAUAA